AUGACAACGACCCUCUGUUUAAACAACAACUUGAGACCAACCAUGGAUGUUGAAACAUUCUAUUGUAUAAUCAUUGGAUUAGUGUUUGCACCAGUAUUUUUAGUAUUAAUUAGAUUACUAUACAUUCUUCCUGCAUUAAGAUUACCUCCUUCAACAACAACUCCAAAGAAAUUACUCGAUGCGGCUCAUAUUUCAAUUUUGUUAGGGUCUGGAGGACAUACUGGAGAAAUGAUGAGAAUUGUUUCAAAAAUGGAGAUGCCUAAUGCAACUAGAACAUGGAUUUAUUCAGAUGGGGAUAAUUCUUCUUUAUCUAAAGCAAAAGAAUUUGAAGAGAAGAGAACUACCGCCACUACAAAUUACAUUUCAAUUCCUAGAGCAAGACAAGUGGGUCAAAAUUAUAUUUUAAGUAUUCCAACUACUUUAUACUCAUUUGUUAUUUCAGCAAUCAAAUUAUUAAACCAUAAACCUGAUGUUCUUCUUUUGAACGGUCCCGGUACAUGUGUUCCUGUGGCAUAUAUUUUAUUCUUUUAUAAAUUCUUGGGAUUAUGUAAAACAAAAAUUAUUUACAUUGAAAGUUUGGCUAGAGUGAGUAAGUUGAGCCUUAGUGGGUUAUUAUUAUUACCUAUUAGUGAUAGGUUUAUUGUCCAAUGGGAGAAUUUAUACCACCAGUAUAAUAGAGUAGAAUAUUAUGGUGUCUUGAUAUAG